UCUCUCUCUCUCCUUAAUUUUUCUCUCUCUACUCAUCAAAUGAUCUGUUUUUUAUCAAGAUUAUCGAAAAAUUAAAAAUAAAAAUUGUGCAUGUUUUGAUCACGAUUCACGACCCAGUAUUUAUUUCUCCCACAUGGCUGAAAUUCUAAACAAUUCUCAACCCAUUUCUCUCUCCCAUCUUUUUCUAUUAGCUCAUAGCCUGUAGUUUGUCAGAACCAAGAACAAACAAAGUAUAGAAAUUAGAAUAGAAGACUCCUCAUUCUGGGUUUCGGAGCUUUCUUUUUUGGAAUCAAUGAGAGAUUGAAUAUUGGGUUUUCUUAGAAUGGAUUCGGUUCAGGGUUUGUUUGGAUGUACAAAAACUCUCAAUAAUUUGUUCCAUUCUCAGCAUCAUCAUCAUCAUCAUAGCAGAAGAAGACAACAACAAAAUCCAUGCACUUCACAAGAACAAACAAAGAACAAGAUUUCUCUAAACAUGUCCUCAAUCAUUCCCAUUUUUGUCUUCUCUCUGUUAGUCGUUUCCUUCAUCUGUCCUGUUCGUUCGUCGGAUUCCGGCAACUCAACCCAAGAUUUCCAGCCGGAAGAACAGUUGAAAAGGCUCAAGAUGAUUCAAUCCCAUCUUAGAAAUCUCAACAAACCCCCUGUCAAGACAAUUCAGAGUCCUGAUGGUGAUAUAAUAGACUGCGUAAUAGUUCAUCAACAACUUGCUUUUGAUCACCCUCAAUUAAAAGGGCAGAAACCAUUGGAUACACCAGAUAGACCAAAAGGUCAUACCCCAACUGACAUAAAGCCAGAAGAUUUUCAACUAUGGAGUUCCUCCGGCGAAUCAUGUCCGGACGGCACAAUUCCAAUCAGAAGAACAUCUGAAGAAGAUAUCCUUAGAGCUAGCUCGUUAAGAAGAUUCGGUCGAAAAAUCCAGAAACCCAUCCGCCGGGAUUCCUCCAGCAACGGCCAUGAGCACGCAGUGGGGUAUGUUAGCGGAGAGCAAUAUUACGGAGCUAAAGCGAGCAUAAAUGUGUGGGCCCCACGUGUGUCGAACCAGUACGAGUUCAGCCUGUCUCAAAUGUGGGUCAUCUCCGGUUCAUUCGGCGACGACCUUAACACCAUCGAAGCCGGUUGGCAGGUCAGCCCGGAGCUAUAUGGUGACAAUUAUCCUCGUUUUUUUACUUAUUGGACAACGGAUGCAUAUCAAACAACGGGGUGUUACAAUCUUUUAUGCUCGGGUUUUGUUCAAACUAACAGUAGAAUUGCGAUUGGGGCGGCUAUAUCGCCAACAUCGUCAUUUAACGGAGGACAAUUCGACAUUAGUCUACUUAUUUGGAAAGAUCCAAAGCAUGGGAAUUGGUGGCUUGAAUUUGGGAAUGGUAUUCUAGUUGGAUAUUGGCCAUCUUUUUUGUUCUCACAUUUGAGAAAUCAAGCAAGCAUGGUCCAAUUUGGUGGGGAGACAGUGAACAGCAGGCCAUCUGGUGCUCACACUACGACCCAAAUGGGAAGUGGUCAUUUUGCAAGAGAAGGUUUUGGAAAGGCUUCCUAUUUCAGAAACAUGCAAGUUGUAGAUUGGGACAACAGCUUGAUUCCUUUGUCUAACCUUAAAGUGUUGGCUGAUCAUCCCAAUUGCUAUGACAUACAAGGUGGUAUUAACAGAGUUUGGGGCAAUUACUUUUACUAUGGAGGUCCUGGAAGAAACAUGAAAUGUCCCUAAACAAAACAGAGGGAAACAAAAAAAAAGUUUUUUUUUUUUUUUCUGUUAUAUGGGUUUUCUUUUUUGGGUUUUUUUUGGGAUUGGGUAAUUCUUAUAUUUAUUUUUCUUAGCCAGUAGUAGUAGUUAUCACAUUUUCACUAUCAACCUAACAGGGUGUUGAUGGUUCCCUAAGGGUAUUCUUGUAAUUUUGUUCCAAAAGAGUUAAUAGUAGUAAAUAUGUGUUAAUUAUGA